AUGCAGGGAAAUCUAUUUAUCUUGACGUUGAUGGCGCCUUGUCCUACGCUAUUGUCUGGCUUAAUGGCAAUCUGGUUGGAUCUUACCCCAUAUCUCAAGCCGGGCAGUGAUAACCAGUUGGCCAUUCGAGUCGACAACCCCCCCAAUUCCGCUCGCUGGUAUCCAGGCGGUGGUAUCUACCGAAAUGUCUGGCUCACAAAAGUCAGCCCAACGCAUAUUGGCCAGUCAGGAACAUAUAUCAUAUCGAAAGAUGUCUCCGCUAAAUCAGCCACCCUGGACCUCGUUGUCCAGGUUGAAACCAAGGCAACUACCAGCCGGAAAAUCGACGUAGUGACAAAUGUGCACAUCUUCGAUUCGGUCACUGGACUCACGGGAGCUAAAGUAACCUCGUUCCCGAAGGCAGCAGUGAGCGUUCAAGUCGGCGAGAGGCAAGCUGUCGAGGCCUCAGUCAAGAUCAGCCAUCCACGAUUGUGGGGUCCAGUCCCGGCGCAGAAGCCAAACCUCACGUUGCCGUGA